UAGCUUGUGGGUCUUUGGUCUGACGCCCAUGAGCGCGGCAGGUGGCCUUCGUCGCCGCGCGCGACUGUCGCGCCUCGUGUCCUUCAGCGCGAGCCACCGGCUGCACAGCCCAUCUCUGACCAAUGAAGAGAACUUGAAGGUGUUUGGGAAAUGCAACAAUCCGAAUGGCCAUGGUCACAACUAUAAAGUUGUGGUGACAGUACAUGGAGAGAUUGAUCCUGUCACAGGCAUGGUUAUGAAUCUGACCGACCUCAAAGAAUACAUGGAGGAGGCCAUCAUGAAGCCCCUUGAUCACAAGAACCUGGAUCUGGACGUGCCAUACUUCGCAGAUGUUGUAAGCACGACAGAAAAUGUAGCUGUCUAUAUCUGGGAAAACCUUCAGAAACUUCUUCCAGUGGGAGCUCUUUAUAAAGUAAAAGUGUAUGAAACUGAAAACAACAUUGUAGUCUAUAAAGGAAAAUAGAUCUUAGGUUUAACAUUGUAGACAGGCUCAUUUCUCUUCAUCCUUGAAAAGCUCUUUGUCCUUUUAGAGAACACAGCAAUCGUCACAUACUUGUGUUUCCACGUUGUGUUGUGGAGUACCUGAGCAUUAAAGUAAUGUAAGGUCUGUAUUUAAAUGUAUUUAAAAAUCAAGCCUGCAGUGUAUCCUGAAUGGAAUUUUGGUGAGAAAGUAGAGAAGGCUUGAAGCCAGGGCCUCACACAUGUGAAGCAUACAGGCUACUCCUGAAGUGCGGUCCAGUCCUCUCAAGGCCAUUUAGAGGAUCUUUUAUCCAGAGAUUAAAACUUAAUUCAUCUUGGACUGGUGAGAUGGCUCAGGUUAAGAACACUGGCUACGCUUCCAGAUGGCUCAGAACCAUCUGUAAAGAGAUCUGAUGCCCUCCUCUGGCAUGUAGGUGUACAUGCAGACAAAACAUUCUUACAAUUAAAAAAUACAUUAAAAAUUUAAAAAUAAUUUCAUCUGAGCAAAAUGUUUUAAUGUGGAAUUAUGUAAAGGUAAAAUAAACCCAUUUUUGUUAUCUACCUCA